ACCGAGUGAGAUGAGAGUGGUAGUUGAUAGGUCAUGUGAGGCCAUUUCGAAUUCUAACAACUUACCCUCUACCUCUAGUGUGUUUCCUUGUGUCUCAUUAGGUACCAUGGAUGACGAGACGCCGAUCAUGGAGAAGAUGUACAUGGUGCAUGAAGAUGAUGAUAUCACACCAUGCUUGAUUGAAGAUGAACAUGGAUGCCACAUCGAGCCUACCACUUCCACAACACCUACCUCAUAUGAGCGGGACUACAAAGGUACGUAUAUGGGUGUUGAUGAUGCCAUGAUCCCACUAGCGGACAUGAUGAAUUGUGAGUGCAUGCAUGAUGAUGAUGAUGAUACAAUUGCUAUGUCACAUGCUCCGUUCUUAUUCCCAUGUGAUGCUUUGCUUGAUAACAAUGUUGACCAUGUGGAAUUACUUGCUUGUGACCAUAUGACCAUGCCAUGCUAUGAGAGUUUCACUUUCUCUCCUUUUGCUUGCAAUGUGUCGAACAAUUGCUCUUUCCCAUGUAUUGCUUGCAAUGAAAAUGAUAAUUCUUGUGUUGUGACAACCUUGAUGAACAAUUGCUCUUUCCCUAGGUUGGUCAACAACAAUGAUAAAAUGUUGAACAUGUUUUGUGCUACAUGCUUGCAAUAUUCUCCCAUUAGUGCAACCAAAAUGUUGAAUACUUUCUCUUUCCAAUGCUUGGUUUGCAAUGAUGUUAAUAUGCUUGUGAAUGAGAUUGCCCCCAUAGCUCUCUCACAUUUUGGAGACUUUGCAUAUAUCCAUGUUGAGCAUGUUCCCAUGUUUACUCCGCAUAUUCACCAUAUCUAUUAUGAUGCUUCGCUUAAUGCUAAUGGUGAUGUGCAAAAGAAAUGGCGCAUCAUGAUGGAUGAUGUGUUCAUAUACCAUGCACACACGUUGUUCUUGUUGUCUAACAUGUGUGUAGGUACCCAAACUCCAAUGUCAACCUCGAUUGAGCACGAGUUGGCAAAAAGAGCUCUUGAGAGCAUGAUACAAGUGAGCUCCAAUGAAUGGUUUCGCUCGCACACUUCGACUACACAAGAUCUCUCAAUGAGAGCACACCGACAUCUUGCUAAGGGCUCUCGACAAGUGAAGGAACAUUCAAGUGUUGGUGUCAUCUACCUCCUCUACACAUUCACGAAGACUCAUCGUCGAGGGCGACUCUUUUUCAAGUGGGGGGAGAUGAUGUAGCCCGACCUACGGUCUACGCUUCAUCAUGCGCGUCAACGUCAAGAACCACACUCAAGGCCUAGGUCACGGAGGCAUGGAAGAGAAGAAGGAAGAAGAGCGUCGGAGGUCGCCUAGGAGAGAAGACGCCUGCCACAAUUCAAUUCGGGCCAAGGCCCAUGUACCCCUUUGUUUCCCUAAACUACCCCUCCUUAGUGGCUCCCUAUAUAUAGGCUCCCACCUCCCCCUUCAUUAGGUUAGAGUUGAACUUGAGAGAACCUAGGCUCAUGCCUCCACCAUCCCUUUGGGAUUAGGGAAACCCCCUCCUUAGAUUAUCCAAAUCUAUUGUACAAGGCACUCCUUAUAUGAUUAGUCUCUCACACUUGUGAUUCUACCA